AUGCAUCAUCCUUUUUUUGUUAAUAUGUGGUACUAGAAUAAAUUUCAUCUUAAUAGAUUUAAGUAAAAGAGAGGAAUUACCUUUAAAGAGAAUGCUCUUGAUUUUGUUAAUUAGGUAUAAUCUUAUUCAAUUAUUCUAGUAUUAAGAAAACCAGGAAUAGGUAGUAAUGGAAUGAUAGAGAUAUUGCAUCACUCUUGAUUGAAAGUAUAUCCUUGUGACAAUUUGUUAAAAAAGAAAAUUUAAGUUCUUUAUGUUCCAGGGUAUUUAAAUCAAAUAGGAUUCUUAGCUGUUGAUGAUUAUUUUCAGUUUUAAAAUCAAAUUUAAGAAGAUGUAUAAUUAGAUUAUGAAUAAGUUUUUGAGAAUUAAGG